GCGAUGCCGUUUGGCUGCGUGACGCUGGGAGACAAGAAAGAUUAUAACCAGCCGUCCGAGGUGACCGACAGAUAUGACCUGGGCCAGGUCAUCAAAACGGAGGAGUUCUGUGAAAUCUUUCGGGCCAAGGAGAAGACGACGGGGAAGCUGUACACCUGCAAGAAGUUUCUGAAGCGGGACGGGCGGAAAGUGCGGAAGGCGGCCAAAAACGAGAUCAUCAUCCUCAAAAUGGUGAAGCACCCGAACAUCCUGCAGCUGGUGGACGUCUACAUCACCCGCAAGGAGUAUUUCAUCUUCCUGGAGCUGGCCACCGGCCGGGAGGUCUUCGACUGGAUCCUGGACCAGGGCUACUACUCGGAGAGGGACACCAGCAACGUCAUCCGGCAGGUGCUGGAGGCCGUCGCCUACCUGCACUCGCUCAAGAUCGUCCACAGGAACCUCAAGCUGGAGAACCUGGUGUACUAUAACCGCCUGAAGAACUCCAAGAUCGUCAUCAGCGACUUCCACCUGGCCAAGCUGGAGAACGGGCUCAUCAAGGAGCCCUGCGGCACCCCCGAGUACCUGGCUCCGGAGGUGGUGGGGCGGCAGCGGUACGGGCGGCCGGUGGACUGCUGGGCCAUCGGCGUCAUCAUGUACAUCCUCCUCUCGGGGAACCCCCCUUUCUACGAGGAGGCGGACGAGGAUGACUACGAGAAUCACGACAAGAACCUCUUCCGCAAAAUCCUGGCCGGGGACUACGAGUUCGACCCGCCGUACUGGGACGACAUCUCACAGGCGGCCAAGGAGCUGGUGACGCGCCUGAUGGAGGUGGAGCAGGACCAGCGGAUCACGGCGGAGGAGGCCAUUUCCCACGAGUGGAUCUCCGGCAACGCCGCCUCCGACAAGAACAUCAAGGACGGCGUCUGCGCCCAGAUCGAGAAGAACUUCGCCCGGGCCAAGUGGAAGAAAGCCGUGCGAGUGACCACGCUCAUGAAACGCCUGCGGGCGCCCGAGCAGACGGAGACAGCCCCGGCGCCGGCCACUGCCGCUGCUGCCACCGCUGCCACCGCCACUGCCGCCACGGACACUGCGGCCCCCACGGCCCCCGGCACGCCGCCCGCCGCCGCGCAGCCCCCGGCCCCCAGCACUCCACCCGCCACCACGUGUAAUGGGGACGGGGCUGCCACUGCCACCGCCACCACCACCGAGGCCCCCAGCGAGCAGACCGGCUGA